GUUUUGUUGUGGGCGGGGCCUGAGCUGUUGGUUAUGGCACGGCUCGUGGCGCGCGCGCUCGUGGGCUCCCUUUCUGGCGAAUUACUGUCGCGGCCGGGUGGCUCCGGGUGUUGGAGGAGGUUGAGGUUCUGCGGGACAAAUCCUGCCACUUUCACGCGCACCAUGACGCCCCCUCCGAAGUUCCCGACCGUCAAGCUGGCCAGCGGCUAUGAGAUGCCGCUCUUCGGCCUCGGCACCUGGAAGUCGGAGCCGGGCAAGGUGAAGGAGGCGGUGGAGACGGCCCUGUCGCUCGGCUACCGGCACAUCGACUGCGCCCGGGCCUACCAGAACGAGGCUGAGGUCGGCGAGGCGCUGCGCAACAAGAUCGCCGACGGCACCGUCAAACGCGAGGAUGUCUUCAUCACCAGCAAGCUGUGGAACACGUUCCACUCGCCGGAGCUGGUGAUGCCCGCUCUGAAGAAAACCCUGGAGGACCUCGGCCUCGACUACAUCGACCUUUACCUCAUCCACUGGCCCAUGGGCUACAAGGAGGGCGGCGAGCUCUUCCCGAAGGACGCCGACGGCAAGAUGCAGUUCUCGGACGUGGACUACCUGGACACGUGGAAGGCGCUGGAGGAGGGCGUCAACACCAAGCUGGUGCGCUCGCUGGGUGUCUCCAACUUCAACGAGGAGCAGAUUGAGCGCGUCAUGGCUGAGGCUAAGGUGCCCGUCUGCGUCAACCAGGUGGAGUGCCACCCGUACCUGACCCAGAAGAAGCUGAUGGAGUUCUGCGCAUCCAAGAACAUCGUCGUCACAGCCUACAGCCCGCUGGGCUCCCCAGACAGGCCGUGGGCCAAGCCCGGUGACGUGGAGCUGAUGGACGAGCCCAAGCUGAAGACGAUCGCCGAGAAAUACAACAAGUCGGUGGCCCAGGUGCUGAUCCGCUACCAGCUGCAGCGCGGCAACGUCGUCAUCCCCAAGUCGGUCACCCCCAGCCGCAUCAAGGAGAACAUGGAGAUCCUCGACUUUGAGCUCAGCGCCGACGACGUCGCCGCCAUCGACUCGUUCGACAACGGCGGCCGGUUCUGCGGGCUCUCGUGGAUGAGCCACCACAAGUAUUACCCGUUCAACGCCAAGGCGUAACCCUGCGCCCGACUUCCGAUGCUGUUUCAUGAUACCUGCCACUGUUAAUACACGUCCGCUGGGAGCGGAGCCAGUCA